GUCCCCCACUGUUGCGUCAUAGGGUGCUUUCCAGAGUGGGCGUGGCUACCGUCGGCACCUUUCAUUCAUAAAUCCAGAAGAAGAUUCCACUGUGUACUAACCGCGCUGAAGAUCCAGUGCUGCUGGAGAACCGUGUUUACAUGGAUCACCUACAUUAGAACUAGGAGAACGUACUUGUUGGCCUGGACCAUGAGCAAUGAGUCUGCCGUCUGGAAAAACCUAACAGAACCCCCCACGGAGCUCCCUCUGGGACACGGGGUGCAGGAUGGCUACGUCCUCCAGCUUGUGCUCCUGUCCAUCUUCCUUGCCGUGACUCUGGUCCUGUUGUCUAUCCUGCUGAUUACCUGCCGCCGCUGCUGGGAGGGGGACCGGUGGUAUUCUAGGUUCAUUCCAUGUAAAAGGACCAGUGAUGAUCCAGAGAAAACCACCACCACCUCAUAUACCGAGGAGUCGCACCCAGUGCCUGAAAUCACAAUCCGUGUGGACGAAUCAGACUGUUUGUCAGCAGCCAGCUUCCAUGACAUGGAGACAGAGCGCUUCCUGUCCACUGGGAGCACAGGCCGUCGAGUCUCCUUUAAUGAGGCGGCCCUCUUCGACCACAGCAAGAAGGCUCAGGAAAAGGGUCGAAGAUACACACUCACUGAGGGGGACUUCCAUCACCUGAAGAAUGCACGGCUCACCCACCUCCACCUCCCACCAGCCGCCCUGAAGAUUGUCACCAUCCACGAGUGUGAGUCAUCAGAGAACAGCAUCGCCAUGACAACACGACCUGUCGCUAAAUCCAGCCUCUCCAUCUUUCAGCCUCCCAUGUGCACACUGCCACAGACAUCCCUCGCAAGUCUCAGUCCAAGUUCAGCUCUGCCUGGUGAUGCUCUCAACUCCACUGUGGAUGAGGGCUUUCGUGAAAGUCCAGCAGCUCUCAUCCCGGAGCAAUCACGAAUCGGCCUGACAGAAGUGAGAGGUACCAACUUGAGAAAUGGGGGCAGCCCAGGCAGUGGGCGAGAGAUAGCACCCACCUUGGCUUUGGGCAUCCCUUCCUCAAGUGGUGCACCUCAGAGUCCAAUGCUGCACUUCUUCACCAAGCUGCGACGACAUGCAAGUCUGGAGGGAGCCAGUCCCUACUUAAAGAUCAAGAGAUGGAAGUUUGAUAGCAGCCAGAGGGCCUCCAGUCUCGACACCAGAGGUUCCCCCAAGCGGAGGCCGUUCCUGAGGCAGCGAGCAGCCAGCGAGAGCAUGGAUGAGGACGAGCACGGUGCCCAUCACAUCGACCUCAUCCAGUACAUCGCCCGCACCAAGGAUGUUGCUUACUGCCCACCACGUCUACACCCCCCCCCAUCCACACCCCCACCAUCCCUCGGCAGGUUAGAGGUGGAGGUGAUGGUGGAGCCGAGCUGCAGCAGAGCAAUGGAACCCGGGGUGAUUGGCCUAACUGCUAAGCCACAAGAUGAGCCCUCUGGUACAGGCUGUCGUUGGGAGAGUACAGACCCUCAGAGCCUUUAUCAUGACAUCUGGACCCUGCGUGCAUCCCUGGAGCAGUAUAUCUCAUCUGACCAGAGUAGUAACAAUGACAAAGAUUCAGUGCACAGCGACACGGACAGUGUGUGCUCACUCAGACUUAGGGCGGAGAAGAGUGGGUGGCCCAGCUACCCAUCUCAGGACCUUGGGGAUGGGUUAGAUGGGGAUACAGAGCUAUCUGAGGAUAAAGGUAGGGGUAAAAGUGGGAAGCAAGACAGCAUGGACUCAGAGAAGGGAAGCGAGGGUGAAUCAAGCACACGGAGGCUUCUGCAGAUGGAUAGUGGCUAUGCAUCUAUAGAAGCCCCUUGUCGUGGCCCAGAUGAGUUCCGGCUGUUACGGAGUAGCAGCGGAAGCAAAGAUGAAUCAGCCAUGGAGCGCAUACACUUCUUUACUUGCUCAGGACACAAAGGGACUGUUUGUGAAAGCUUUGACACAGACAUCCUUGAUGAAGAAAUAGAAGAUGAACCUGCAGGAGCUAGUGGCAUUAGCGAUGGUGUGACGAAAUUGGAUGAGGCCACUAUGGUAUGGAUGCCCUAUGGGCAGAUGUUCACUCAGUCCGAAGCUCAGCCACGCGUGUCUGCCAUGACUUGCCGGGACUAUAGCAUAGAUGAGAAAACAGAUGCACUCUUCCAUGAAUUCUUGCGCCAUGAUCCCCAGUAUGACCAGCAGGAGUCACCAGUGAGAACGAAGCACCAGUCCCGGGUGCAUCUGCGCAAACGGUGGCAGCGAUCCAAGCAGUAUAGUGACCCUGGCCAGCGCUUGCACUCAUCCUUUGAUCGCUACCGCACCCCGCUCCGCCGCGGAGAGACAGUAAACUACCCUCUAGAAAGUAGUUAUCACAGCCGGCUCCCCAGAAUUGUCAGUAGUCAAGAUGAGGACAACAGUGAAGCGAUUCCCAGCCUUCCUGACAAAGCUGAUCAGAGCUCAGCAGCUGCUGGUGAGGAUACGUCAUCUUCAAAGGCUGACCAGACAAAGGUCUCUGCAAGCACUGAUACCACUGGACAGUCGAAGGAUGAGACAGGACUUGCGUCAUCCACACUCCCUUCUGUAGCUGAUUCUACUACAGAGCAACCAGAAGUCUUUUUAGAGGAGUCUGGACACGUGGCCCCACCUGCUGAGCAAACUGAAGAGGAUCCACCUCCGCAGUUAUCUGAAACUGGCUAUGGUCCUCAGACCAUCACAGCCGAGCUGAGCGAUAAACUUGCCUUGAACCUCGAGGAUCGUCUGUACUCGGGCCUUCGGAGGACCAGGGAGCGACCUGAGGGUGUUCUGACCGCCACGCAUGCCUCGCCCGACCACAGCCCAGUGUAGCACACGGCUCCACCCAUCCCAGCCAACUCUAUGCUGAUAUCUCUACAGGGCUUCAGUGUUCAAAGGUUCGAUGGAUAUUCCCCAUACACACUUUGAAAAAAGGUUCCAGCUAGUACCCUAAAUAGUUCUUAGGGUCCCUCUGGGGAAACCCUUAAAGAGUUUAGGUAAAACCCCCAAAACACAAGGCAAGAUCCCAAACCUUUUUAAAAACAACAUUAAUUAUUGUGUAUCAUGCAGUUAUUCCAAUACGAUGGUUUCUACUAUAAUCACCUGUAAAGGAAUCUUUUUUCUAAGGGUGUAGACACUGAUCUAGGAUCAGAUCCUAUAUUCAGUUUUAAGGGGAAGUCCACUCUACUUUGUCUCCAGUGUUAAAUAAGCAGAGAUCAGGACCUUACCUCACAUCUGACAUUACAUUUUGUAUUUUUAUUUUUUGCUUCAUUUAGGCACCAGUCAGUUAAGUGUUGAGCUAAAAAGCCAAUAUAUUCUCUGCACUAGGUAAUCCACUGUGAAAUUGGGUGCUACCAGACUUAUAGUUUAUGUCCUACUUUAAUUUGCCAUGUUUCUACAGUUUCUAUACAUUUUCUUGAAACUAAAAGCUUAAAUUUGAGAUAUUCUUUUCUUAAUAUAUAGACCAUUCCGUGAAUGCCACCUUAUAACUGCCUACAUACAGAUGUAACAACAUGUGUCUUGGUGGGUUAUUUGGCCACCAUAUGCUUUUAAAUCAACUACAAUGCAACUUUGCAUAGAUUUUACAUGCGUCUGGUACAGGGGGGAUGGAACACCAUUCUUUAGGUAUUUUAUCAAUAGUGCUGGAAUUAAUAGCACUGUCUGACAUGUCUAUCCAAAACUUGUCAUAAGUGUAAAGGCUACAACAUAUCAGUUACAUAAUUGUUUUUAACUUUUCAUACUGUUCAGUGUCUUCUUAAGCGCUGUAGAUGGGGCAUCCUGAAGGAGACAACUCAUUAGUAUAGAAAUGGUCACUUCAAUAGAUCAGGUAAUUAGUCACAAUAACCAUCUAUGUAUUCACAGUGUCUUCUUUCUUUUAGAGGUCAGGUGGACCCAAACCUCACCUCCUCCGCAUAACAGAGCCAGCUUAGUGUAGGAGAGGCCUGUACAGUUCAUAUUUAUGCUACAAACACAUGAAACACUACCCAGUUGAGCAGUCUUUGCAUUGAGUGGCAUAAUGACCAUCUGUCAAACAAAACCAAACAAAAGAUUUUUUGACACCUUGGUUCAAAAUCAAGCUGAGAAAAAUCCUGGUUGAAUGUUAAAUGUAACAUGCAGUUUACACAUAUGCAAACAUCUGCAUUUGUUAUGUUCCUUCAUCUGUCCUUAUAUUUCCCAUUCACACUUCCAUGCUUCCUAACAAAGUUUUCACACCCACCACCCUCUCCAUCACCUCGCUCCACUUCAACAGCUCCUGUUUAUUGACUGUGUAUUGCAAAUCAGCAGAUGCCUAGGGCACCUGUUCAUUCCAAUUCCUACAUCAUUACUGUUGUAGGUGUAGUCUGCACUCACAAAAUGAGGUUUUUUAUGUUGCACUACAAUGAUCUGUAUAUGUCCUCUGCUGAGUAUGGACUUUCAUCACUUAAUUUACAAUAGUGUUUAUUAAGUGUCUUUAUCAUUGAAUAUUAAUGUGGUUUAUUGUGUACCUGCCAGCAUGGGAAUAGCUGCCUUUUUAAAUACAUUUAAAGUAUUUAA